CUUAUUAGCAACAACGACAGCUCCCAUCAUGUUCAAUUUGAGAACUCGUCGGGGUUGUUGCAACACGCUAGUAUAGAAAGUUUGGCCGGCAGCACCGGCAAUAUGAACCUGCAGCGCCAACGAUGGAUAACCUGUCUACUGGUGCUUGGAAUCCUGCUGCGGUUGGCAGCAGCGAGCGGGAGAGAGCAGGGCGUCUCCAACCCCGGGCGGCGGCUGCGUUCAGAGCGGGUGCUCGUUGCCGGCGACGCGGCGAGCUCGGACGGCGAAGAGGCGCUGGCGGCGCCGUCGCGCCCCUCCCGCUGCCCGGGGCGGUGCACCGAGUUCGGCACCUGCAACGAGGAGCUGGGCAGGUGCGACUGCCCCAUAGGCCGCAACGGCACCGACUGCUCGGAGGAGGUGCCGGCCGGGCCGCCGCUGCAGCAGCUGUGUGCGCGCUACGGCCACACGCUAGCCAGCUGCAGCCGGGUCGACGCCGCCGGCUGUGUCAACGGCUGCAACGGCCGCGGCCGCUGCGUAGGCGGCUUCUGCCACUGCCGGCCCGGCUACUUCGGAGCGGACUGCAGCCUGUCACUGGCCGCCGACGCCGCCGACGGCAGUAGCACCACUAGCACCACUAGCACCAGUGAUGGUAGCGGCAGUAGCAGUAGCGCCAGCAGCGGCAGCCCGCGGCCGGCGGUGGAGAUCCUGGCGGGGCAGGGCUACACCGUGCGGAGAUCCGCGCCGCGGAUCUAUGUGUACGAGCUGCCCCCGGAUCUCAACGUGUACGGCAAUCUUGAGCGCCUGGACCGGCCGCUGAUGUACAUGGUGUGGCAGCGGCUGCUGAGCGCGGGGGUGCGGGUGGCGGACCCGGCGCAGGCGGACUUCUUCCUGGUGCCGGUGCGGGUGCGGCUGAGCUACGACAGCGAGAAGGUGGUGCAGGCUGUGUCAUACAUCCGUGCCACGUGGCCGUACUGGGACGGGCAGCCCGGCGGCGCGGCGGGCGAGCGGCACAUCUUCGUGCACACCGGCGACUGGGGGCGGGACGAGCUGAGUGAGGAGGCGCAGGCGCUCACUCGCAACGCCACCUGGCUCACGCACUGGGGCCUGGCUCGCGACCACGAGUUUGCGGGGUGGAAGGCGGCGCACCGGCCCGGCCGCGACAUUGUGGUGCCGCUGGUGCUGCAGGCCUCUCUGCUGUCCUCCUACCGCAUCACCCGCACCACGCCACUUCACCCGGGCUCGGCGGCGGGCGGGCGCCAGCCGCGGCCGCGCAGCCGCACCCUGUUCUUCGCGGGCCGCGUGUGCGGCAGCCGCGCGCAGCCGUCCGCCAACGGCACCUACCCCAACUGCCCCGACGUGCUGGGCAAGGAGGACGCCUACAGCGCCGCGACGCGCCAGGUGGCGUACUACCACCACCACAACCGCACCGGGUGGAAGGUGGUGACAGCCAGCAAGAGCUACGCCAUCGACAUGCUCACCUCCAAAUUCUGUCUGGCACCCAGCGGCGGCGGCAUGGGCAAGCGCGCUGUCAUCAGUGUGCUCAUGGGCUGCAUACCCGUCACCGUCACAGACGGACUCAUGCAGCCCUUUGAGCCGGAGCUGCGCUGGGACCGCUUUGCCAUCGACGUGCGCGAACGCGACAUCCCCGUCAUGCACGCCGUGCUGGAGGGGCUCAAGCAGGGGCAGGUGUCGGAGUUCCAGUCCAACCUGCGCUGCGCCGCGCAGCACCUGUUCUGGAGCAGCCUGUUCGGCAGCGUGUUCGGAGAGGACGGCCGCUACGACGCCUUCGAGACGCUCAUGCAGGUGCUGCGCAUGCGCGCCACCUACCCCAGCCUGGGCCCCGAGGAGUACGCCUACGUGGACGCCGCAUUCGCUGCCUUCAUGAAGUGCGAGGCACACCUGCCCGCGGGGGGGUCGGCAGCAGCAGCAGCUGCUACAGCCGGUGGCGCUGGCAGCAGCAGUAGCAGCGGGACAGGAGCAGCAGUAGCAGCAGCAGGCGGGCUGUUGGGCGGCUUCAACGGCACGGGGGCGGCGGGCGGGCUUUUGGAUGUCGCCAAGCCCGAUUUGGGGCAGGCGCUGGCGGCGCAUAGAUCCGGCGCCGGCGCCGGCUCUGCUACAGCCGCGGCGGCAGGAGACGCCGCGGCGGGGCAGCUACUGCCGGCGCCGCGGGCGCUGCUGCUGCCGGCGGAGCUUGCGGGUCCGGGGGAGGAGGGCGUGAGUCGUCAGGAGCUGUGCACACACAGCGACCUGCCGGUGCCGCCGGGGAGCGGCGCGCUGCCGGCGGCGGGCAGCUGCAGCCGCUGCCCGCGGCGGCGCGGGCGGCUGCUGAACCCGGGCGGCACCAUCUGCUGCAACACCAAGGACCUGGCCCGGUGCCCGCGGCUGUGGGACUGAGGCGGCCUCUGCCCAGCGGAGAGGGGAGUGGAGAGGGGAGCGGGGGUGAGGUAAUGGUGGUGGUGAUGAGAGGAGGAGGAGGGAGGAGGGGUGGGGUGGUUGGUACGGCAGCCUUCCUGGCAGCCUGGCUGCCAUGGUGGCAGCGCUAGCGCACGCUUUGGCAUGCACUGUUGUUAGAUGUUAGAGACUGUUGUGAUUCACAUCAUGAAAGGUGCGGUGACGAUCUCCGUUGCACCCUCCAGUGUUUUAGUUCCUAGCAGCUGGUAAGGUACUCUUGAGCGUUCCAAAUGAACGACCCGACUCACUCGAGCCCUGUUCACGCCCGGUAGGGCGCCGGCGAGUGCGGGUCUCCCACAGGUCUGACCGGCUGGUGACCAUUAGUAUCGGCGGCGAGUGGCGAGUGGCAAGGCUCUGCUUUGGUGGUGUGUGGGCCGGCGGGCCGCUGUUUCCCUGCCUACACAAAGGUAGCGCGAGUCUGCAGAGCUAAGCGGUGGCAACACUGCAAUGAAUAGGGCGCAACCGAGAGCUAGCUGCGUGUACGAAGGCUGCGCGAAAGCACGCUGUAACACAGGUUCACA